CGUCCUGCCAAAACAUCAGAUCCAGUAAGCACUUUUACGAGCAUACUGGAGCUCCGUCUAACUAUCCGGUGCCAUCCUCAUCUCUCUUCAGCACGGGGUAUCGGAGGUCGAAAGCGACAAGGGUGCUCGCGCUCACCGCAUCACGUGGCCAGCAUGCCAACACCCUCUACAAGAAAACGAAACCAGAGAGCCUGCACAGCAUGUAGGCAAGUAAAACACCGCUGCGAUAGCGCAGAGACGUUCCCUGCAGCUUGUACUCGCUGCCAAGAGAAGAGCCUCCAUUGCAAGACGGAUCCGAACUUCAAACGUACCAAGACGCGAGGACGAUUAGUUGAAGUAACGACACAGUUGAACGCUAUUCAGAAAGCCUUGAAUGAACGGGAGAUUUCAGUGGAUCUCGCAACUCCUUCGCUUGUUCCAAGCGAUCAUGGCAUCAGUGGUAUUGAGAGCGUACACGAACUGCCAAAAGAUGACUUUUAUCGUUAUUCAACCAUUGGGGAUUUGCCUUCAUCACCUCUGUCCCUUGGGACGGUAUCACUUCAGAAUGACCAGCUCCGAGAACUUUUCGAACAUUUCAAAAUCAACUACUAUUAUCAAUUCCCAAUCCUAGACACAGACAUGUCUCUCUCUCAACUCCACCAAUCUUCAGCCGUUCUGUUCUGGGCCGUCAUAAUCAUCAGCUCUCGAUGGCAUCCAUCUCUCUUCCCCUUGUACCCCUCACUCGUCACAGGAUACCGAGACAUACUUUCCAAGACACUUCUCGAACCAAUGAAUACCAUCGAGUCGAUCCAAGCGAUCCUUAUGUUCUGUGUCUGGCCAUUCGAUUUCUGGCGGAAGAUAGAAGAUCCAAGUUGGAGUUAUUGUGGGUUUGCUACCAAUGCCGCUACGAGACUGAGGAUCAAUGAAUCUUGCGCACAUGGAUGUUUAGCAAAGAAUGCUCGUAUCAGAAAGAAGACUUGGCUAGCCUGUGUUCAUGUCAAUUGCGUGCUCAGCCAAGGCUGGUUGAUCGGUGUGCCAGUAUUGCAAGAACUGCUCACGACUGCAGUCACGCUCCACUCACCAUGCACGCCAUCCGAACAAAGAUUCUUGGCAAAAGUGGAAAUCCUAAGCACUCUUUCCAAAUCUACCUCGACUAUAAGCAGUCUACAAAACAAUAGCCAUGCAUGGAACUUCGCCCUUAAUCUAGGUUCAGAUCUUGAUUCCAUCCGCGAGAAGCACAACGCCUGCUGGGAUGCCAAGAGCGAAGUUCUUCUCCUCGGUGCGCAAAUCUGUCUAUACACACUCCAGCUUGACCUGGACUCAAAGAGUCGUGCCGCUUCAGAAUUAAUAGCUUCGCUCGCUGAUCUAGACACCACCACCGAGCGACGAAACUUCAUACACACCAUCUACCUCACCUCCCUCCGCCUCGUCCACACCUUCCAAAACCUCUCCCCCGCCGCCCACAACCCCGCCACCCCAAGCAGUCCCUACCGCCACCUCCCCAAAUUCAACUUCCUCCUCCUCGUCAUGUCCAUGGCAUUCAUCUUCAAAGUCCGGCUCAUCUAUUACCAAGCGCUGAAACUCAAACCCGAAGAUACAGACCCGCAUAUCCGGUCUAUCCACGACAUCUUCUCCUCUUGGACGAGAGACGAGAAUGAUCAUGCUGGGAGGGGCGUCAAGCUGAUUGAUAUGAUUUUGAAGGCGGAGAAGAAGGGUGUGGAUUUGAGGGGGUUGGUUGAGGGUGCUGGGGAGGUGGGGGAGGGGAAUGGGAAUGGGAGUGGGAGUAGGAGGCCUGGGAGUGUGGUGUUGAGUGAUUUGGUGGUUGUUGCUACGAGGUUGAGGGAGGAUGCGGAGAGGGAGAGGGAGGCGAGGGAGAGGGAAAGGGAAGCCAGGAUUGCGAAGGAGGGAAAUACGGAGGAUGGUGGGCGUGAGGGGGAGGAGAAUAUGGUGGGGGGUGGUGGGUUGGGUGAUGGGUGUAUGCCAGAUGUGUGUUUUGAUUGGGAGAUUCCUUGGGAGUUGGAUCUGUUGUCCCAGGAUCCUUUCACUUUCUUGACAGGAAUCUGAUGGAAUGUAAAAUUAAUAUGAUUGUACCACGGGCUCUCGAGAGUCCAAGAGCAAAUUAUUAUGACAGUCUCCCUGUUAUCAGCCGUUCAUGGUGCUGGUAUCCCAGAGGGAAGCUUUGCUCUUCUGGACCACUCAGUCUCUUUUGGCAAAUUGAUAACAAGUCACUUGACUAUGUUGAUUCUGGAGCACUGAAAACCGCAAAGUAUUCUUCGUCCAAAUGGCCUUCCUUAGAAAACGAGGUUUUGAAAAUCUUCCAGCUGCGGAC